GCACUUCCUCAACGUCCAAACGGCAAUCUUGGUUUGGAGCGACGACUGGUAAUAAGAAAUUUUAGUCUUUACUGGAAAAUAGUUUCCUCAACACACCAGAACUGCAUUACUAACGUCUGACAAUAACUUUAUCACAUAUAACUUUAAGUGUAUUCUUUUAUUCCUUAUUUGGAAAUUUGCAUUAUACGACAAUUUCGUUUUGGGAAACAGAAAUCGAAAGUAGUAACUAGCAACUGACGGUAAGUAGAAAUCUCUGCGUGCUAUAUGUUAGGUCAGAUGUUUGCGCAAUUCACAAUGAGAUUGUAAUGUUGCUACUGAGUUGUUGUUAACUUAAGCUACUGUAACUGUAUCUGCCGUAUAGUUUGACAGGUCAAACUGUCAAUAAACUAUCAUGGGAUAAUAUUACUAACUAUUGACUGUUUAAUCAUUACAGAGUGUCUACACAACUCUUCCUGUCUACCAGUGUUAUUUUGUUUUGUUUACUUGGAAACAUUUAAAUAACUUACGGAUAAACAUGCAAUGCUCAGAGGAAGUGAAUAACUAUUAAAGGGAGAUUCCAGUGCUUUAGGCCCAUCCCCGCAUAGUACUUCAAUUUUCCAAGUGACAGUUUUGAGAAAUGACUUCAGCCGACAACAACGAGUACUUCAUUAUACAUGCAAAACCACCCUCAUCACAUGGCUACCUAAAUGUUGGUGAAAUAUGCUUCAUUUCAAAGGAACGAUAUGAUGCAUUGAAAAAAAGAAAUGACACAAACAUUGUACCUAUAAUUUGUAUGGGCUCAAUGUUAGAUUCACACCUUAAUGCAAGCCUUCUGCACCCAUUGACCCGCAGGUCAGCAGAAUUACUGCUGGCUCUUGAAACCAACGAGGAGCGAAUAAUAGCACUGAAAGACCCUGAGGCUUUACAGAAUGCUUUGGAUCUGUCUGAAGGUAGUCAGGUAUAUGUGGAACAUAAUGGGCAGUUGCUCAAAGGUGUGAUUCGAUACAUUGGCAGUAUCACAUCGCCUUCCUUUCACUUUCAACAUUCAUGUCCUAUAGUAGGAGUGUUCUUUGGGGUGGAACUGCUGGGUGAAGAUAAAGGGAAAGGCCUGAAUGAGGGCUCCUACCACUUCAAAACCUACUUCAAUUGUUCCAAAAACUCAGGGAUUUUUGCCCCUUUUACAAGAGUCAAACCUAUGGAUCCUAAACCUUUAGUUCCCCUGUCCAAGACAUCUACUGAGCCACUCAUGGUUGGAGACAGAGUGACCUUUAUUGAUGAACGUGAAUAUGUCCACCAUGGCAUGGUUAUGAACAUAAACGACAAAAAAAUGGUUCUCAUAUCCACUGAUAGGGAUGAAGAUGGGAAGCAGGGGGGAGAGAUAACAGUUCCGUUAGAUUGUGUCAUUAAAGAGGAGCUGUUAAAUAAAGAUGAAUGUGAAAAAAUGGACACUUCUCAGGGCCCAGAGAUGGGGAAUGUUACUGAUUCUGCAGAAAUUACUGUUGGCUCCCUUGUGCAGGUGAUUCUGGGUAAAGGACCUGCUUAUGGAACUGUCCGUUGGAUUGGAUUUCUCCCAGAUUUCCCUGAGAUGCGUGCUGGACUGGAACUGGAGGAUGCCUGUGGAGUGAAUGAUGGAACAUUUAAAAAAAAGCGCUACUUCUCCUGUCCUCCAAAAUGUGGAUUAUUUGUGAAACUGGCAUCCUGUCAGCCUGAUGACCGUUUCUCUGGUGCAAAGGAGAAAGUGUUUAAUGGACAUUCUGAUCAUGAUGAGGCAUUAGCAUCUUUGGAACAGGAGAAUGUACCACCUGUUAGAUCAGAAGAUGUGUCAAAGAGAUUGGUUGGCCGUAUGAAGGGAAUUCAGGGUCACUGCAACUCCUGUUAUAUGGACUCUGCCCUGUUCAGUUUGUUUUCCUGUUCAUCAGUCCUGGAUUCUCUGCUUUUUAAGUCCAUACAACGUGCAGACCACCCUAUUCAAAGCACUCUUCUGAAGGACAUCGUCAACCCUCUCCGCAGAGAAGGUUUUGUACCAGAGAGGAGUGUGAUGAAGCUUCGGCAGCUACUGCAAAAACGAGGCCACUGCCCCACUUACACCACAGAUGAGAAGGAUCCCGAGGAGUUCCUCUCUCUCAUCAUGCAAGAGGUUCUGUCGCUAGAUCCUCCACUCAAACUGAGGAGCCAGUUAGGUAAUAAAAAAGACCAAGGCAAAGUACAAAGCUGUUACUUCUACCAAAUCUUUAUGGAUUACAACCAUCCAUUAGUCCUGCCAACUGUUCAACAGCUACUGGAACAUUCCUUUCACAGCAACAGUCUCAAACUAUCAGAGGUGCCUGCCUGUUUGAUUCUUACCAUGCCUCGCUCAGGGAAGAGUUUCAAAAUGUUUCCAAAAAUCAUUCCUUCUACAGAACUGGAUAUCACUAGUCUUCUUUCUGAUGGUCCUCAGCAGUGUGUGUUGUGUGGUCAGUUGGCAAAUGAGGAGUGUGCUGAUUGCUUCAGAGAUCAAGUUUUUAGUGAUACCGGGUUCAAAUACUUCUGUGUGAAAUGUUCUGCUCAGGUUCACUCUCAUCAGGAGCGUCGAUGUCACAAACCUAGCAGCCUGCAUCUUCCUCAGGGAUACACUUACUCACAGAGUUCAGGGUCUGAUACACGCACUCCUCCACGGGAGAAACUAGAGCUGUUUGCUGUGCUGUGCAUAGAGACCAGUCACUAUGUGUCUUUUGUUAAAUACGGACCACAAGAUACUGACUGGAUCUUCUUUGAUAGUAUGGCUGACAGGAUUGGUGAAAAAGAUGGCUACAAUAUCCCAGAGGUGCAGGCAUGUCCUGAGGUUGGGAAGUAUCUACAUAUGCCUCUGGCUCAGCUAGCAAAUCAGGUACCUCGAGAGAUGGAUGGUGUGGCGAAGCGACUCUUCUGUGACGGUUACAUGUACCUUUACCAGAGUCAUAGUAUGUCUCUUUAUAGAUGAUAAAUCAAUGCUGAAGACAGACAUGCACAUAAAAUAAAUAAGAAAUCGCUAUCUGAAUAUCAAAGACUAGAUCUGCUUAGUAAUGGGUUGUGAUAAUUACAUCAUAAAACUAAAUGCUUCUGCUCCACAUUUCAGCAUUUAUUCAGUUUCCAAACAUUUAUACUUUCUGUUGGAAUCAAUUUCCCUGGACAAUAAUGCCUGAGUGGGUGGAACAUGCUAAAUCAGGAUGAUGAUAUUCCUUAACUGAUUUAGACUUGAAUAAAAUUAGUUAAAUCCAAACGCCUUAUAUGUAUAUAAAAACAGCAAAAAAACAAAAUUGCUUCUCUUUUAUUAUCUUAUCAGAAUGGAAGGAGGUUUUCUGUUUUUUAUUUUCUUCAGAUGCCAUCACUGAACUGUGAGCAAAUCUACUGUAGCUAGCUGCCCUAAUUAUUGUAUGUUGAAAGGGGGUCAAGACAUUUUUAAGUUUAUAUAGUACAUUUAAUCAUGAAAGGUUAAAUAGUUGGAAAUAAAAAAAACUACUGUAAAAGAAGUUUCUUUAAAACAUUGAUGUUGAUGACUUAAAGGAAUAGUUCACCCAAAAAUGUAAAUUCUCUCAUCAUUUAUUCACCCUCAUACCAUCCCAGAUGUGUAUGACUUUUUUCUUCUGC